AUGGGGUCGUUUCUAUCUAAGAACGAAUUCCCGGUCGACGGUCGGACUGUACUUAUCACGGGAGGCUCAAAAGGUCUGGGGCUGAACGCUGCACGCCAGCUUGCCGAGAAAGGUGCGCACGUCAUCAUUGUCGCACGGGAUGCGGGCCAUCUGCAGCAGGGCAUUGCGUUUGUUUCGAAAGGAGCUCGAUCGCCCGAUGUCCAACGCUUCCACCACAUCAGCGCGGACGUGACAUCCGCGGCCGAGUGCGCGCGCGUCGUCGCCGAGGCCGUGGAGUGGAACCACGGGAGCCCGCCGGACAUCGUCUGGUGCUGCUCCGGCAGCGCGCACCCGUCGCUGUUCGUCGACACGCCGCUGCCGCAGUUCCAGACCAUGAUGGACAGCAACUACUUCUCGAGCGUGUACAUGGCGCACGCCGUGCUCAGCGUCUGGUUGAAGAAUACGUCGUCGUUGUCGUCGUCGUCAUCGUCACCAGCUAAGACGGCUGCUAUCGACGAUGGCACUGAGGAGAAGCAGCAUGACUCUGCUGCCUCUGACGCAGAAGCAAAGCCCCCCGCGCGCCACAUCAUCUUCACCGGCUCCUUCGUCUCCUUCUACAGCUUCACCGGCUUCGCACCCUACGCGCCCUCCAAGGCCGCCGUCCGCUCCCUCGCCGACUCCCUCUCGCAGGAAAUGAACCUCUACGCCACCGCCCUGCCCCACGAGCCUCGCGUCCGCGUGCACGCGGUGUUCCCCGCGACGAUGCCGACGCAGUCGCUCGACGACGAGAACGCCGUCAAGACGGACGUGACGAAGGCGCUCGAGGAGGGGGACCAGAUCCUGGACCCCGCCGAGUGUGCAAGGCGCGCGAUCGCGGGGUUGGAGAGGGGGUUGGAACUCGUGCCGACGAGUGCGAUUAUUAGGUUGGUCAUGACGAGUGUGCUGGGGGGAACGAUCAGGGGAGGCUUUUGGAGGGGGUGCGUGGAUACGGUGUUAGGGUGGCUGACGAUGGUGGUGAUGGUGUUUAUACGCUGGGAGAUGGAUGUGAAGGUGGCGAGGUGGGGGAGGGAGAAUGGGGUUAGUGGGAUGAAGAAGGAUAGGUAG